AUGAUUGAAAGAGAAAAUCAAAAUUUAAUACUUCAAAAAUUUUCAGACACAAUUUUUACAACUAAUGAUGCUAAAAUUUCAAUUCCAUUAGCUGAACAAACGAGACUAGAAGAACUAAAUUCUCAAGAUCAGAAAUCUGAGAUUAACAAGGGGGAUAAAAAUGAUAUUCUAAAAAAAGUUGAUACAACAAGUAAAUAUUCUUGCGAAAGCUUGCAAUAUGCUUACAAAUGUUCAAACGAUACCUAUUUGAAAUAUAACUUAGAUGCAUUACCAAAAUUGAAAGCUGAUGGUUCAAACUAUUUAAUCUGGAAAAAAAGUGUUGCAAUUAUCUGUGAAACUAAUCCUUUUUUGACAAUCGCAUUCAAUGAGAAUAAAGUAGAUUAUAACAAUGCAAAUGAAGUAGCAAUAUGUAUGAUAUUCAAAAAUUUAUUUACAACUGGAAUUAGAAAUUCGUUAGAAGAUGUCCAAGUAAGAGAAUCUCUGUACGAUUUAAAUUGUACAGACAUUUUGAAAACUAUUAGCGAUAUCUAUAAAACUAAGGAUGAUGAAAUUAGACAAAAAACGCACGAGCUAGAGGAAGCACAAAAUAAUUCAUUGAAGAAAGAAUUUGAUGAUACGUUUAUUUUACUAAACUAUUUUGGAGAUGAAGAUUUAAUGCAAAAGAAAGGAGAAGUAUUUUUGCAAAAUUUAGAUAAGGCAUAUGAAAAAUACUCAAAACUUUUAAUUCCCGUAUGUCUCUUUGGAUUUUUAUUGACAAUUAAAACACACGAUGGAUCAAUACCAGUAUCCUCAGAAAAAUUCAAGUUACAUUUAAUGAAAACCAUCAAACAAACAUCCCUUAAAGAAAAUAUAGAACCUCUAGAGAAUAUAAAAUCAUUAUUAAGUCUGUUCAGGGAAUUUAACUCAAAUUCGGAUAACUAUAAAGAUGACAUGAAAGAUGCUGCCACUUCAAAUUUGUCAAAAGAGAAUGCACUUGAUAACUCUGCUCUAGCUAAGUCUUUAAAAGUUAGUGAUGAGCCGAAAGAAAAUACUGAGAUAAAUAAUUCACAACUCUGUAUGGUACAAGAAGAGCGCGGACUUUGCCCUGAAAAUAAGGAAGUUUAUCCUGAGGUAGCAAAAAGAAUAUAUUCUACAAAAACUGUUGAUCGUUAUAUCAAAGCUUUGAAGGCAAAUAAGAAAUCAUUCCAUGUCUCAAUAUCAGGAAAUUUUACUAGAUCUCAAAUUGUUAAACUGUUUAUGGAAAAUCGUAUUUGCCCAAUAUGUGGAAUGUACCCAUUAAAUCUUGAGCAAAGCUUGUGUUAUAGCUCAAAAGACAGAAAACACCAUGAAUUUAUUUAA